AUGGCUACUGCAUCAACGUCAUCAACUUCAGCUUCCUCAACAAGUGUUGCGUCUCUAACCGAAAACCACGCUAACAAAUCAAGAAGCAACUUUUCUGUGUGGGCGAAUGAACUAGCUCUCAUUGGAUCAUGCAUUCUGCUGUUGGGAGCACUAAUCGGAGUGGCAGGGCAGUUCAGAAACUGGCAAUGUGCAGCCGUAUCAAUACCAAUUUCGAUAGUGUUCAUUUUCAUAGAGUACCCUCGUUGCAGAGGAGAAAUGAGGAGAAACGCAAGAGAACAAGAUAUGAAGAUAUACGAGAAAAGAAAGGGGCACGAGCAACUAGACGAGCAGCAGAGUUAA